GUGUCACCGUCACCUUGGCACUUGUGUUUUCCCUGUUCAUGGACACUGCUCGGCAGCUGGGCUCUGUAAACACCUGGAGCAAACAGGGCAGCCUGGGAAGGGCACUUUGGGCUGUAACCGUGGCAUCACCUGCGUUCUCAGCUCUGGGUUGUGGCACCUCAUGCCCGAGAGAUUAAAUAUUUACAGGAUGGGGCUGCUUGGAAAAAGUGCAUUAUUCCUGCUGCCGGUGAACAGGAAUGCAAAUGAUCUUUGAAGAGGAUGUUGGGAGGUUUCUUGGGAGUGAUCCCUUCCCAUUCUGCAGAGUUUAAAUAUCCUGCUCAGUGCCUUAUCAGGUUGUUUUUUCCAAGAUGAACACCGAAGCGCCGCGUGUUGACUCGGUGACGUGCGCGGUGUCAGGGCGCUCUCUGUUUGCCCAGCGGCCUCGUUGGGUGAAGGUCAAGGAGCUUCAGCUGCGCAGAAGAUCCCCUGCUGCAGCCAUGAUGCCGGUGGCCACCGUGAUGCCCGACGACACGCCCAUGUUUGACCCGAGGGUUCUACACGAGCUGGACUGGAGCGAGAACACGACGACGUUUUCUCCCGCCAUUUCUCCGCUGAAUCCGGGGGACGGGCUGGUUCUGAGGCCGCUCUGCACGGCUGAUUUAAACCGAGGCUUUUUCAAGGUUCUGGGUCAGCUGACGGAAACCGGAGUUGCGAGCCCGGAACAGUUUAUCAAAACCUUCGAGCACAUGAAGAGAUCGGGAGAUUAUUACGUUACCGUCGUGGAGGACACAAACCUUGGACAGAUUGUUGCUACAGCAACACUGGUUAUAGAGCAUAAAUUCACUCACUCCUGUGCCAAGAGAGGGAGGAUAGAAGACGUGGUGGUCAGCGGGGAGUGCAGGGGGAAGCAGCUUGGCAAACUAUUAAUAUCCACCCUCACCUUGCUAAGUAAGAGACUGAACUGUUACAAAAUCACGCUGGAAUGUCUGCCCAAAAACGUGGAUUUCUACAAGAAGUUUGGCUAUUUGGUAUCUGAGGAAAACUACAUGUUUCAACGGUUCUUUAAUUAACAACUUCCAGGUGGUAAAAGACUGUUGGUGGAGGAGCUUGUGCUCCAAACAUCCUCUUCGUGGAAAACUUAUAUAGUUUAUGGCUGCAAAUAUAAUGAUCCCUAUAAAUAAUGAACAUCAAACGUGUAAAUCCCGGGAAAACAAAUUAAUGAGGUUUUAGAAGGGUCCUCUGGGUUAGGGGAAAAAAAAGCUUAGAACUAAUUUUUACUGCUGUUGAGUCGAGGUGAAGCUUUUCUGUUCUAGCUGAGUUACAAAGGACUCGUUAAAGGGGUGGUUUUUAACCAAAGGUAUAUAUUUUUAUCUCAAAUUUUUUCUUGCAUUGUAUUUUUCUAAAGCUUUGUGCUUCUUUUCUCGGUAGCCAAAGGACAGCCCCUGGGACUGUCCCGCUGCCUGUGCUGGUGGAAGGGUGACGGAGCUUGGGAAGGGAUGAGGCUUCUCUUAUGCAGAAUUACUGACACAGAACAGGCCUUUCUUCUGUUCUUUCCAUGACACCUCACAGGAGUGCUGUUGGAAGUUUUAUAGGCACUGUUUUCCAAGGCUGGAUUUGUUACUGUUUGUGCGGGUAGGGGAGGAUCCUUAUGGGCUGUGCUGGAUUCCCAGUCUAAAGAUGGAUUGUGUGCUUCUCACUGCAGGGCUCCUGCACUUUAGCUGAUAACUUGGUUUUCAGGAUAAUUAGUUGUUUUCUGACACAAAAAACCCAAAUGUGGUUUGUGACAGGGCAGAGGGAACUGGGAAGCUGGAAUGUCUGAUGGAAUAUACCCCAUCUGUAGUGGAUUCUGGCUAGUAAUCAAUAGGAAAGGGAUUGGGAUUGGCAGAUUCAGCUUCACCUGAGAGCUGGGGGUGUUCAGCCUGGAGAGGAGACCUUGGAGCCCCUUCCAGUGCCUAAAGGGGCUCCAAGAGAGCGGGAGAGGGACUUUGGACAAGGGCCUGGAGGGACAGGACACAGGGAAUGGCUUCCCAUUGACAGAGGGUAGGGUUAGAUGGGAUAUUGGGAAGAAAUUCCUGACUGUGGUGGGGCCCUGGCAGAGGUUGCCCAGAGAAGCUGUGGUUGCCCCUGGAUCCCUGGAAGUGUCCGAGGCCAGGUUGGAUGGGGCUUGGAGCAACCUGGGCUAGUGGAAGGUGUCCCUGCCUGUGGCCAGGGGAGGGAUAAGAUGGGUUUUAAGGCCCCUUUGAACCCAAAUCAUCCUGUGAUUCUGUGAACUGAACACAUCCAGCCAAGUCCUCUUGGACAGUUCCUGUCCUGGAACUCCUGGAGGCCAGGUGGGCUCUGCUUUUGCUGGUAGGGAUUUAUCCCUCCAGCAUCCUGCUCCCAAGGGACUGUUGCUGCUUUGGAGCUUCCCUCUUGCUGUAAGAUUGGAUAAAUGAUUUUAGCACUUUUGCCAGCGGCGGCAAACAAGGUACAAAGCCCUGGAUUCAACAGUGGUGUUUUGUGUGGAGAGUGACAAAUCCCACAUCCAUGAAUAGGGCAUUAUAAACCCCCGGGGCUUGUAGGGAACAGCCUGUGUUGUUUGUGGGCCGUGCACAGUGUCCUCCAUUGUGCUGUGGAGAGCGGCCCUACACUGUGCUGGGAGCUCUGCUUGAUGUUCCUGAGGGUUCUCCACUUGAUACGGUGUCUCCUUGGUGAUGUCUGGUUUAUUUAUUGAUUAUUUUUUUAAAAGAUAUCUUUGUUUAAGCUGAAUAAAUGAAAACUGCCAACUGUA